UAUAAAACCGGAUGGCAAAAUCAAAAUGGAGUCAGACAUCCAGCACUUUUCUCGAUAGCACCGCUUCACUCACAAAACAAGCCUUAAAAUGAAAUUUUUGGUUAUCCUGGUUGCUCUGAUCGCUGUUGCUGCUGGUCAGAUGGCUCUGCCAUUUGGUUCCUACGCUGCUGGUGUUUCUCCAAUGAAUUACGCUUACUCUGCGCCAUUCACUUUCGCCAACCCCCAGGCAUAUGGAGCUGCUCCAACUGCUUACGCCGCUGCUCCAGUUGCUUACUCCGCCGCCGCUGCCCCCUUCCCUUAUGUUGCCCCUGGCCCCAUCUCCUACCAGACCGGCGCCAAAGUCGUGGCCAAGUACGAGCCCGUCGAACAACACGGAUACCAAAUCGCUUAUUAGAAUCACUGGACACUCAUUUUUGUGCAUUUUUGUAAAGAAUCGCGGAUGUGAUUGAAAGCUGUGUUAAUAAAAUCGAAAUUACGAAACGUCA